CGGCGGCCCUACCCUCGUCGCUACCGAGAUUUUUCUAACUUGGACUUGGACUCGUACGGUCUCGUUAGUGUUUUCCACGCCCCUCCAAGGGCGCUUACAAGGAAUCCGAGUGGUUCGCUUUGUCCAGCCGACCGGUUAUGCACCCGCAAGCCAGCCCAUUCCUAUUCCUAUUCCUAUGCCUAUGCCUAUGCCUAUGCCUAUGCCUAUGCCUAUGCCUAUGCCUACACAGUAUGCCUACGAGGUAUGCCUACUCCCAUGCCUAUUCCUUCUUCAGUCCUACGGCGAACCCAAGCCCAUACGAGGUAGUUAUGACGCACCAACGAGAUGCCUUGGAAUCUUUUUACUUUUUUCUUCCGUUUGCCUCUUCUCUUUUCUUCUUCCGUUGUUCCCUCGACUAAUCCUAGCCAUUCGUUAUAGUUCGUACGAGUACGAUGGAAUUCCUGACUUAGUACCUCGUAGUCUUCCUUACGAGUAGUUCCCUUUCGGUGGUUGGCAGGUAAUACUGCAUGGUCCUCCUCAUC